AUGCCAAAUCUGCUGAAGGAUUUUAUCUCAAUGGUAUUGCCUCAGACCAAGCGCCCAUUGCAGUCACCUUCGACCACCAACCGUCUCUCGCCUGCCAAACAGAACGUGGCUUCGGGACCAUUUACCGACCUUCGAGCAUGGAUAGAAGAUGCCAACGGAAUUGUAACCCCAGAGCAGCAAUAUGAACAAGCCAAGAUGGACGCUUUCAUUUUUGUCAACAUGAUGCGGUGA